AUGUCUUUAAAAUGCACAGUGGCGUUAGUGUUGAUUAUUUGUUUGUCGUGUAAAGUGGUUAUAACUGAUUGUGAAGUGGUUUUGGUCAAUCGAAAUGUUGCAGACAGCUUCCGUGUUGGAAAAGAUGGUUGUACGAAUGAUACAAGUGUUUGUACGGAUUUCGCUACAGCAUGUCGUCAGUCAGAUGGUUUGUGUUUGUGCCCUGUUGGUCAACCUAAUUUUCGAAAACCUACUAGUGCUAAAGAUUAUGGCUGUUUAAACAGUGAGAGUAUUCGCCUUGGAGCUGGUGAGUGCUCAUCAUUCAAUUCAAAUUUACAGCCAAACAUGUAAAGUUUUUCACAAUCUUUUUGUACCAUAAAUUGAUUGAAUUAUUAAAACGUUGACGGAGGUAUACGUGUUAAAUCUAUCUGACCUGACUCAUAAUUCAUAUCCAUAUCUUAUCCCAUGCACAUAGGAGGAAUCGUGAGCUGUGAAUUUCGCCCUUUUCAACGUAUACCACACCCCCACCAAGAUCCAGCCACGCGAUUCAGUAAUACAAACGUAGCACUGACUAGUUGUUCUUUAGUGAAAGCGCUUGCAAAGUUUCCAGACAACCCCAGUGAUAUUGAUCUGCAAUGGUUGGAUGAAUCUUACGUUGACUUGGCAGUCGCAAACGAAACAUUAAAUUUUAAGGUACGGAAUCUACCGUCAUAAUUUUUUCUUUAACUGUGUUUAACAUUUGUUUAUUUUCCUUUGCUAGUGGAAAAGAUCAGUUCCAACCUUGCAAGGCAGUAUAAUUACGCUCAGUCUCUUCUGCACCCUGGGCUCAAGUAGUUCCACAACAAAAUGUCUACGAGCAAAGGUUCUUGGGACAUGGCCAGCAGGUACACUAAAUAGAUAAUGUACAUAUAAAAGAUAUAUUGAACUCUCCCGUAAAUUCGAUUGUAAACAGUCGUGUUUAUAUUGCGAGCCUUGGCCAGGAGAGAUAGUUGUGAAUGUAUUUACGCUGUUUUGUUUUGCCACAAGGAUCUUGCAAGGACAGUUAAAACUUGUAACAUCGGUGAUAUGUUUUGCAACUCUGGUCUACGACAUUUACGACACAAGGUUUCGAAACUCCUUUCUAGUGUUUUCGUCGCAUGUUUAAGAGAUGACAUCAGCCAACAUGGUUUAAAUUCUCUUAUGAUUGAGUACUGUGAUCCCUAUUCCAAAGUCUUUCUAGUACUUACCCACUGUAGAUCUCAAUUGGCAAUCUGAGUAUUAUCUUUUCUCUGUACUUAUGCGCAUAAAUCAAUAUUAAAUGCUUCAUUUUAUGCAGAUGCUGUCUCCACACCAACUGAGCAAACAGUGACCUCCAGCCAACCUAAAUCUUACCAGAUAACAACAAAAACAACUUUGCCUGUAACAGUGAUAACAGGAAUAACAACAGAACCAAGUAUAUUUUACAAUUUACCUAUUUCAUUGUAUCAAUUACGGAUUAAGCAGAUUUUUAGUAAUAUGUGUGUAUAAUGUUUGUGAUGAUACUUGAGUGUAUAUCCACACCGGGUAAGCUGAAACGUUUGCCUAACCACGGUGGGAAUCGAACCCGCGACCUUUAGGAUACUAGUCCAAUGCUCUGCCAACUGAGCUACGAGGUCAAGUCGGUUCGAGUUGAUGAUAUUUCGGAACUGAGUCUAGUACUCUAGUUCCUUUGAUUCACUCCGUAAUCAGGCAAACUUUUCAGCUUGCCCGGUGUGGACGCAUGCUCAGAGUAACAUCACAAACAUCAUGUUCACCAGUCACCUGAGUGCAUAACACCAACACACACACACACACAAAAAAAAAAAAAAUGUCAUGUGUGCAUAGUUUUUGAUUCGUGUUGAUGUAAACAUUCAAAUUAUAUAAUAUAAUGCAAUAUUUAAUGAGAAAACCUACUAAUCUAAUAAAUCAUCAUCAGACAAUCUUAUAUCUUCAAUAGAACUGACUCGAAAAUUUAACUAUGUUGUGUGUCAAUAUUUUAGAAUCAACCGCCAGCGCCAGUUCAGAUAAAGACUGUUCGAACUCGAACGUCUCAAACAAAAUAUUUAUUGCUUUGUUUUCUGUCUCUCUUGUCGUCAACGUUGUUCUUGGAAUUAUUGUUGGGUUCCUGUGUAAGGAUAGGAAGAGGUUAGUAAAACUUGCCUCUACCCUUUCAUCUCUCGUGUCAUGUCCAGCGUCAAUUUCGUAAUAUGUAGGUCUUCUUUUUCACAAAUCAUCCAUGUCGUAUUCGGUAUCUCUCGUUCUCUGUAUUUCCUUUUUCCUUCAUCUCUUUAUUAAAUCCACACCAUCGGCAAUAUGUAAUUAUUUACUUGUCAAUAUUUUCAUCGUGUUUGGAAUGCAAGACAAAAAUUUGAAAAUACAAAAUAUUGAUGGACAGAGAAGAGCAACCACAGGAAAUGAUAUCGGCGCAUAUGACGAAGUAGUGACAAAGAGUGGCAUACACAAUGACGUAAUUUCUGACAAGUCCUUCCCGACAUCCAGACACAAUAAUAAUGAACAUUUGUCAGGUAAAUUUGGCAAAAGAGAACAGUUUAGAACUGGUAGAGCUACCCAGUAUAAAUAGAUUUAGUUUAGUUUAGGUUUCCUCCUGUAAUAACACUGGAUAUAAAAGAAAUUACUCUUACUGGACCUCUAGGGAGAACAGUUAGGAACUGAUGGAACUAUCCAGUAUACAUAAAGUAAUUCAGUUUAGUUUAGGUUUCCUCCUGUAGUAACACUGGAUCAAUAAGAGAUGAUUCUUGGAUAGCUCUAUCGGUUCUAAACUGUUCUUCCUUGAGGUCCGGACCAGUAAAACUCAUUUAUUUAUACUGAAUAUAGUACUAUCAGUUCUAAACUGUUCUUCCUAGAGGUCAAGUAAGUAUCAUCUCUUAUUGAUUCACUGUUACUACAGGAGGAAACCUAAAUUAAACUAACUUUAUUUAUACUGGAUAGCUCUAUCAGUUCUAGACUGUUCUUCCUAGAGGUCCAGCAAUAGUCCAAUCAAUCUGUGACCAAAGGUCAAAGAAAUUGUAAUAGAAUUUUUCUCAGUGGUAAAAUGUGAGAGAAUGCGUCCUGAUUAACAUACUAAAAAUAAAAAAAAAAUCCCUUCGGUAGAACAUGGUGAAAAUCAAGUUUUUCUUACUUCUACCUACAGAAAACCAUUGUGGACAGAAUGUUCAAAUUUUGAAAUCAUUUUUAGGCAAAUGUAACCUACAUUAUUGGAAAGCUUAAAAAAACUAUAUAGAGGUCAAUUAAACCGCUAUAUUCAAUUUACUGGUCAGUUUGUCGUUAUUCUAGCUCAAAGUUGGAAAAAUAGCGCAAAAUUUGCACAAAAUACAAAUUUAUGGCAUUUUAAAUCUUGUAUAACUACGGCUGGAUCGGCAAAAGCAGGGUAACCGUUUAAUGAUUUAUAUUUAGUUUUUUCUAAGCUUUCCACUGAUGCAGGUUAUAUUUGCAAAAAAAUAAUUUUAAAAUUUCAACAUUUUGUCCGCAAUGUUUUUCUAUAGGUAGAAGUAAGAAACACUUGAUUUUCACCAUGUUCCACCGACGGCAUUUUUUGGGAUUUUUAAUAUGUUAAUCAGAACAACUUUUCACACACUUUACCACUAAAAAAAAUCUAUUACGAUUACUUUGAUCAGGACCAUGUACUUAUAGUGAUUUGACUGGACUACAAGGAUCAUCGCUUGUACAUACGCUCUCCAAUGUAAAUAAAGUCAGUUUAGUUUGUGCCUUUAGUUUGUUUAGUUUGUUGGCAUGUGUCUUUCUUUAUUUAGGUCAUAAUUACGAAGAACCAUCAAACUAUGAGCCUCUGAGGAAAAAUCCUUUACAAGAUAAGGACGAUGAACAUAACUAUCAAA